AUGCCAUUUGACGACGAGAAAGGUAUGCAAAUAGCAUACGAAGAAGCGUUAGCAGGCUACAACGAGGGCGGUAUUCCGAUCGGGGCAUGUUUAAUUCACGAAGACGGUAGAGUCAUUGGCCGUGGUCAUAAUAUGAGGGUCCAAAGAGGCUCGAUGACGUUGCAUGCAGAGAUAUCAUGUUUUGAGAAUUGUGGUAGACUGCCAGCAUCUAUUACUUCAAAGUGUACCUUGUAUUCCACGCUCAGCCCCUGUACAAUGUGCACAGGUUCGGCCUUGUUGUUCAAGAUACCAAGAGUAGUGUUUGGUGAAAACCAGACAUUUGUUGGCGGUGAGGAUUGGCUGGCUAAACAUAAAGUGAAAGUGAUCAAUGUACAAGAUCAAAGAUGCAAGGAUAUUAUGGCCAAAUUUAUCAAAGAGCACCCAGAGAUUUGGAAUGAAGACAUUGGUGAGUAA